AUGGCAGAGAGCUACACACCAGCAGAGAGCUACACACUGGCAGAGAGCUACACACUGGCAGAGAGCUACACACCAGCAGAGAGCUACACACUGGCAGAGAGCUACACACCAGCAGAGAGCUACACACUGGCAGAGAGCUACACACCAGCAGAGAGCUACACACUGGCAGAGAGCUACACACCAGCAGAGAGCUACACACUGGCAGAGAGCUACACACCAGCAGAGAGCUACACACUGGCAGAGAGCUACACACUGGCAGAGAGCAACACACCAGCAGAGAGCUACACACUGGCAGAGAGCAACACACCAGCAGAGAGCGACACACUGGCAGAGAGCAACACACCAGCAGAGAGCGACACACUGGCAGAGAGCAACACACCAGCAGAGAGCGACACACUGGCAGAGAGCAACACACCAGCAGAGAGCGACACACCGGCAGAGAGCAACACACCAGCAGAGAGCGACACACUGGCAGAGAGCAACACACCAGCAGAGAGCUACACACUGGCAGAGAGCAACACACCAGCAGAGAGCGACACACUGGCAGAGAGCAACACACCAGCAGAGAGCAACACACUGGCAGAGAGCAACACACCAGCAGAGAGCUACACACUGGCAGAGAGCAACACACCAGCAGAGAGCUACACACUGGCAGAGAGCAACACACCAGCAGAGAGCGACACACUGGCAGAGAGCAACACACCAGCAGAGAGCAACACACCAGCAGAGAGCUACACACCAGCAGAGAGCAACACACCAGCAGAGAGCUACACACUGGCAGAGAGCAACACACCAGCAGAGAGCUACACACUGGCAGAGAGCAACACACCAGCAGAGAGCGACACACUGGCUGAGAGCAACACACCAGCAGAGAGCGACACACUGGCAGAGAGCAACACACCAGCAGAGAGCUACACACCGGCAGAGAGCUACACAAAGGCAGAAUCUAUUGGCAAAUCUUCUUCUAAAUGUUUCUAG